UUAGGCCUUGUACAAUCACAAUUAUUCUCUUUUCAUUGAUACAACUCUCUCUCGCUCUCUCACGCUGCAACGCAUCUCAAAUAUUGUGCUGUGUGAGAGUCCAAACCCCAAAAAGCUCUUAUCUUCUAUCACUCAAAAACCCUAAUCCUCCUCGAAGGGGACAAAAAAUCUCAAAAACACAGACACAGACACAGCCAUGGCUUCGCAAACUCCAAACCUGGAGUGCCGAAUGUACGAGGCGAAGUACCCGGAGGUUGACAUGGCGGUGAUGAUUCAGGUGAAGAACAUCGCCGACAUGGGCGCCUACGUCUCACUCCUCGAGUACAACAACAUCGAGGGCAUGAUCUUGUUCUCCGAGCUCUCACGGCGUCGGAUUCGGAGCGUCAGCAGUCUCAUCAAGGUGGGUCGGAUCGAGCCCGUGAUGGUGCUCCGUGUCGACAAAGAGAAGGGCUACAUCGACCUUAGCAAGAGGAGAGUCUCCGAAGAAGAUAUCCAGGCUUGCGAGGAGAGGUACAAUAAGAGCAAGCUUGUUCACUCCAUUAUGCGUCACGUCGCUGAGACUAUGUCUAUCGAUUUGGAGGAUCUGUAUAUCCAUGUUGGCUGGCCUUUAUACCGGAAAUAUGGUCAUGCUUUUGAGGCAUUCAAAAUUAUUGUGACUGAUCCUGAUACUGUUCUGAAUACUCUUACCCGCGAAGUCAAAGAAAUUGGUCCUGAUGGACAGGAGGUAACUAAGGUGGUUCCUGCAUUAUCGGAGGAAGUGAAAGAUUCUCUAGUAAAAAACAUUAGGAGAAGAAUGACCCCCCAACCUUUGAAGAUUCGGGCUGACAUUGAAAUGAAAUGCUUUCAAUUUGAUGGCGUUCUUCACAUCAAGGAUGCCAUGCGAAAAGCUGAAGCUGCUGGCAAUGAUGACUGUCCUGUUAAAAUAAAAUUGGUUGCUCCUCCACUUUAUGUUCUAACCACUCAGACUCUUGACAAGGAGCAAGGAAUAGCGGUUCUCAACAGAGCAAUUAUAGCUUGCACUGAAGCAAUAGAACAGCACAAGGGAAAACUUGGUGUGAAGGAGGCACCCAGAGCGGUGAGCGAACGGGAUGACAAACUACUUGCUGAGCACAUGGCCAAGCUACGCGAAGCUAAUGAAGAGUUGAGUGGUGAUGAGGAUAGUGAAGAGGAGGAAGACACAGGAAUGGGAGAAGUUGAUGUGGAGAAUGCCGGCAUAACAGAGUGAAAUAGCAUAGAGGGAUUUUUUUUUUCUUAAAAUAUUUUUGUUCUUGUGUUUUUUAACUGGCUCUUUUACACAACCAAUUUCAGACUCUGUACUGUUGAGGUAUUUUGCCAACGUACCAAUGAUUAAGCAGUUUUUUUGAAUAGAAAACAUUGUACCUAUUUAUUCAACAGAAAUACUGUAUGUUCUUACGUGAAAAAACCUGCUUCUGUUC